GUGGUGCAACCAGUGGCUUAGAAAUUUCCAUUACCAUUCUCUGGAGAGAGAGAGAGAGAGAGAGAGAAUCUGACAUGCACUGAUAGGACCGAGUGCUGUCCUGUGGACCAGCACUUUUUUUCACUUUAAUGCCCCCAUGCCUUUACCACCCAGAGAGAGAGAAGAGAGAAGGACAGAGGGAGCUGAUCAUCUUAAGCUUGAGCCCUCUGGUUGAGAGCUCUUCUAAUUGGUGGUUUGCUUCUCAUCUUCCUCGUGCUCAAAGGCACUUUGUUCUUGACAGAUCUUGAGCUCCAGCAACAUCAAGAUAGGGCCAACAGAGCCCUCUCCCUCUUCUCUUCAUCUCAGUCACAGAACCCUUUUGAGGUUUGCAGGAAGGAAGAGGGAAAAGAAAUGAAGGAAUAAAGAGGGGGAUGGACCCGUGUGCAGGCCGUGGGAGAGGAAGAACAUGACCUUGUCGGUUGUUCUGCAAAUGCCACUCCGCACUGUCACCGCAUUAUCUCUCUCUUUCGUACGAUCCCCACCCACCUGUUCCUCUCUCUCCUGCUUCUUUAUGGCCCGGAUGGCCACUAGGAAACACAAUUCCCUUCCCUUAAACUAACUCUCUCCCUCUCCCUCUCCCUCUCUAUCUCUGGAUUCUCUCGGACUUUUAGGAUUUAGCAAGGCUCCUGAAUCAGCUGUUUCCUUCAAUUCCCCAAAUCUACAGUGUCCAAUACACUCAGGGGAAAAAGGAGGAGUUUGAGUUGCAGUUUUGGGUGUGUGUUCCUUCCUUCUUCUACUUUGGUUGCAAGACUUUGGAGUCCAACUAGGGGAGAGAGAAGGGUUUUCAGAACAGUGAAGUGGGUUGGUUGGUGGGAUCAGCACCACACACAAUGUCAAAAUCAGCAUGGGAAAAAAGAAGCUUGUGAGAAUAAGUAUUACCUGGGGGGGUCAGCUAGGGGAUUAGGCCUUCGAUUAAGAUAUGCUUCCCUGAUUAGAUGGAGGAUGAAUGAGGGUGGAGACCAGCACAGGAGACUCCACGAUUUAAGCGAAAAAUCAUGAUGGAGGAGGAGAAGAAGACGAUGACCUCUAGUUUGUUUUGACAUGAUAAUUCCCAUUAAAUAAACACGUAGGAGAUUCGAAGAUCAAGACUAUUUAUCACCAGGCCUGGGCAAAGAUUGAUGGAACUGGGAGGCCAAGAACAGGAAAGAGAGAUGCCAAGUUCUUUGGGGUACAACCCUCCACAUAAAGAUUCUUCCUCCAAAUUCUCUCCUGCAAACACAGUAUCUGGUGUUAGAAGAGAUCAAACCCUAAAUCAUCACAAUCAUCUGUAUCCUCAGAACCACCACCCACCAAAUCCACACCAAUCAACAAACAAGCCUAGAAGAGAAUAUCAAGAAGCCGACCAAGAUCCAUUUGCAGUUGCUUCUCCAUCUCCAAUUGCGGUAGCUACCGGCGGCACUUCGGUCAGCAUCAAACCACACACGGAACCGCCAUCGCCACCGCAAGGGCAACACACACGAUCCCCCACGCCGCAGCCGCAGCCGGCGACAGCUAUUAUCUUCGCCUCCACCAUCCGAUAUAGAGAAUGCCUUAGGAACCAUGCGGCAAGCAUGGGCGGCCAUGUUGUCGACGGUUGUGGAGAAUUCAUGCCCAGCGGGGAGGAAGGGACGCCAGGGUAUUUCAGAUGUGCUGCGUGCGAGUGCCACCGCAAUUUCCAUCGGAAGGAGGUCGAAGGUGAACCACAGUAUACACCUAGUCACUACUAUAGCAGCAACAAAACCAAUGGCCAAAGAGCUGCUUUACCUCCUCCCCAACAACAUCAUGCAAUUCCCCAGCCAAACCCAAUCAAUCUGCAUCACAGGUUCUCUUAUUGCAUAACAAGCGCUGCCGCCACCUCCACCGCGGCCCCAACUCAACCAGUGAUGAUGGCCUUUGGCGGGGGCAUCCCGGAAGAGUCUUCAAGUGAAGACCUUACUAUGAUUCAACAUAGUGAUGCUGUGCUGCGAUCGACACAGCUGACGUCGUCGAAGAAAAGGUUUCGGACAAAAUUCACGCAGCAACAGAAAGACAAGAUGAUGGAGUUCGCCGAGAAGUUGGGGUGGAGGAUUCAGAAGCAAGAUGAACAAGAAGUGAUCCAAUUCUGCGCUGAGGCCAGUGUGACGAGGAAAGCUUUCAAGGUGUGGAUGCACAACAACAAACAAGCCAUGAAGAAGCAACAAAGGUAAAAAGAUCAAGUUAACUCUUGUUGGGGAAUAAGAUUGUAAUUGUUGAAACCGUCUGUCCAUAAUUAGAGGAGAUAGAUCGGAGCAGUCAAUUUUGGCUGAUUUUCCCCCGUUUCCAAGGCUUUGUUGAAGGCAUGAUUUGCCGUUUUUAGAUGCUUCUGAAUCAUCAGCAACUCAGAGCUGCUUAUUAAUUCAUGGUAAUACCUGUCUGCCAUCCCCACUUUAGGCCUCUUGUAUGUUGGGGAACAUUGAAUUAUACAGAAAGAUAAUAGCUAGAGUGGAAGGUUUUGGGUCCUCGUGACAAAGAUGAAGAUACACUUACUAUGAAAAGUUUUGGAAAAAUUUCAUGUACAA